AUGGCCGAUCAAAAGGACUUUGCACUAGACGCAAUAGGCCAAACGGGAUCGAAGACAAGAUUGCGGCUCCCCCUGCUGGCCAAUCCCGUGGCCGUCGAUGCUCGCCAAUCUGGGGUCUUGGCUCGGCGAAUCCUCCAUGCGCAGCUAGUCGGACCACAGACCAUCUCAUUGCUUCCUCUCCUCUCUACGGCGGCUUUUGCUGCUUCUGACGACUUCAAGCUGACCAGCACUGGAUGUGCCGAUGCGUCUGGCUUCAGCAGUUGCCAAAAGCAGGCAAACGACCAGCUGAGCACUUGUAUCGCCCAAGCCGACAAGGACAACAGCCAAACAGAGAUUCUGGCCUGUGGCUGUCAGAACUAUGUCGACAACUACAACUGCUACUCAGCCUUCUGCUGGAACCGAGUCUGGGAGUGCGAGUACCAGAAUUACAUUGUCGAAUAUUUCCUCAACUGCCCCAUAGCCAAGCUGCCUGUGCCCUACUUCCCGACACCCAACAAUGUUCCUAAUGCGUGUUCAUGCAACCUGGGCAAGGUCUUCUUCGGUUACCAAGAUGCCAUCCAGGAGACGCUAACAUGCUCAAACAAUGCAAACUCGGGUGAUGCCAUGAGCAACCUUCAGCAGAUUCAGGGGUGCGACUGCUGCGAGAUUAGCGGUGCCAUAUCAACCUUCUUGAACAUCUGCCCCGAUACCGAUCCCGCCCUCCUUGGCCUCUCAAAUGUCAAUCAGCUUGAAUCGCAGCUCAACACACCGUUUGAUUCAUGCGGCUCUUACUUGGAUAAAUACGACUGUAUCUCCGUCCUGGGAUACUCUAUCGAUGGAGUCAGCACGUUCUACAAGCCCACCAACCUUCCCGCCACUGGAACAAAGACGCUCAGCAAUGUUGCUGGAACCGUGACCGCGCCUGCCAGUGGAACAGUCUUCACUUACACCAACGGCGGCGACGGAGUUGUUUAUACCAUUACCGCUGCGGGCGUCAAGGGAUCUAGUGGUGGUUCAGGUUCAGGCUCUGGCUCUGGUUCAGGCUCUGGUUCAGGCUCUGGUUCAGGCUCUGGUUCAGGAUCGGGAUCAGGAUCGGGAUCAGGCUCUGGCGACUCUCAAACUACGGGCUCUGGCAAUGGAGCCGCAUCGACCGGAAGCUCUGCACAAGACAGCACCGCGGCUGCGGCGAGCCCAACCAAGACUGGAUCUGGCAAGAAUGGUGCCGGAGUGGUUGGUGCAAGCCUCUACUUGGUAGCAGCGGCGAUGGCCAUGCCUAUCCUUGCUUGUUUUUAGACGUUAAAUAGAUAUACAAUAGAUCCGAUAAUCAAUAAUUUACAACGCUUC